GCUGAAACCGAUAACAUGUACGAUUCGAAUAAAUUUAUUUCAGGGUCUCGAGUCGGCAAGAGGGGCACUUUAAACCAGGACUUACUGCAGUUCGAUUUCUCGUACGGGUACGAUUGCAGAAAAUAUUUUAACUUAACGGUCCUGGACGAGAACACUGUGACGUUUUCGUCGGGAAACUUUAUCAUUUUCCUGGACGUUAAAUCCAAGGAAACAGUAUUCAGGAGAAGCGCCUUGGGUGGCGGGAUCGGUCACAUUCAGGGGAAUCCGAAUACGAUUUAUCCGCAUUUUUCUGUGGCCGAAUGUGGAACAGUUCCGAUAAUAAUAACUUACGUGUGGCCGACGUUGGAGGUCGUAUGUGUCCUAAAAGGAGGCGCCGAAAGGAUUUAUUCCAACAUAGAUUUUAACCCUAACGGCGAUUUGCUCGUCUCCCAAAGCGGAGAUCCAGACUAUCUGAUAACUGUGUGGGAUUGGCGAAACCAUACGAUCCUACUGCGAACCAAAUCCUAUAUAAACGAUGUCUACAGGGUGAAGUUCUCGCCUUAUGUUGCCGGACAACUAACCACUUGCGGUGUCGCACAUAUAAAGUUCUGGAAAAUGGCGCGCACUUUUACUGGACUGAAACUGCAAGGCGAGCUAGGCAGAUUCGGGAAAACCGAGUAUUCUGAUGUGGUUGGCGUUCUGCCUAUGCCAGAUACAAAGGUCGUAUCAGGCUGCGAAUGGGGAAAUAUUCUAGUUUGGGACGAUGGUCUGAUUACAUUUGAAGUGUUCCGAUCUUUGAGACGCCGAUGUCACGAUGCUCCCAUAGUACAAUUCUUUUAUAACGAAGGCGAACUUUGGACGGUGUCCAUGGAUGGUCACGUAAAAGUAUGGUGGUUCGAAAAAAUCGACCAGGCCGAUCCCCCAGAAGAUGAUAGGGUCGUAUUGAUCGACCCGACUUACGACUUUUACACCCCAGGGCUGAUGCUGAUGUCGGUCGAGAAACGACGCGAAUACAACCCAUCUUGUAGCGAGCAUUUUGCACAAGACGGGAACGGUGGUAUUUGGUUAAUCGAUCUCAAUACGGAAAAAGAGCCGAAACCUUCUGAACAACUGUUCAAAUGUCACGCGGGGCGGGUGGCCGAUAUUGCCGCUUGCCCCUACGGUCCAUACCUUGCCAGUCUUGGCGAAGACGGGAGGAUAUUUCUAUAUGAUUAUUUAAAAAGAAGUAGAGUGUUCGAGUAUACAUUUCCGGCAGGAGGAGUAUGUUUGAUUUGGCCAAAUCUGGAUGUAGUUCCUUUCGGUGAUACCAUUUUAGCUGGCUUCGAGGACGGCCAAAUAAGGGUUUGCUGCCUAACGAUACCGGAUUCUCUCGGAAAUCGGCAAGACAGCAUUUCACUUGCGGUUGCUCAGAUUACGAAACCUCAUAAUAAGAAACUCACGACGAUGGCAAUCAACAGAUCGGGGACGUUGCUAGUCACUGCUGCUGAGGAUAAUACAUUUUUCGUGUUCAAAACGGACCUAAAUUCGCACAAAAAAUGCUUGACGCCUAUUGGUUUUUUUCUAGUCCCGGAUGCUGUUAACUGUAUAAGCUGGCAUUAUGAAAAUGAACACGAGGUUUUAUUAGGCUGUGAACACGGUCAUAUGAUGCAAGUCGCUUUACCCAAAGAAGAACAGCUUUAUACGACAGUAUCGUUUAGACUCAAUUUGGAGCCCAAAUUUAAUCGCUUUACCACGUAUAAAUCUCAAAUCAAAAGAGACAUUAAAAUCAAGGAAAUCGAAGAGAGAAAAGCGAAAAAGGUGGCCCGCAAGAGACAAGAGAUGGAAGCGCUCAAAAAUGAACAUCCCGGAUUGGAAAUCGACGAAGAAACGUUCCUUGAGGAUUCGGAAAGUGAGGAGGAACUGGAACCCCUGUAUAUCCCCGAAGUGCCGAACAGGAUCAUUUGGUUAAAAUAUACCGAAAAUGAUACUAUCUGGAUAUCGAUGGCAGGGUAUGAUGCCGGAUACAUCUAUGAAUACCACAUCGAUCAAAAAAGCACCGUGCCCAUAAGAUUCAGAAUGGUAGAAGAUGCUGAAGACUUAGAAAUAAGCACUUACGUUUACAGUCACAAAAAGGACUUUUUAAUAUUUGCAAUGCAAGAUGGGAGCGUAAGGGUAAACAAACGAAAUCCAAAUGAUUUCGCCGACUUGAAGGAUUAUUUUACGAUUUCUAUGCACGACAAUCAAAACGGGUUUAUACCGCGACUGUGCUUCAGCUACGACGAAAGGUACUUCUUUAGCUGUGGUCACGACGGCAAUGUAUUCUCUUACAAGUUUCACCCGACGGAUUACAGCUUCCCUAUUACAAAGCUGCGAAGAAUAAGAACGGAUCACACUUGCUCGUCUAUCGAAGAGAUAGAAACGACCGAAAAGCCGAGUCUUGAAGAAACUAAAAUUAAGGCCGAAAACGAUAGGAUUUUUAAAGUAGCCACUGAAAGAAAAACAGCAGUAAGGGAAGCGUUAAAAAUAUUAAAGGAGCGAUAUAAGAAAUUACUUCACCGAAACACGGAAUUGUUACCUAGCCAGAGCAUCCCGAGGGAGCAACUCGAACCGGACGACAGGGUGUCGGCGCACUUGAAGAAUGUACUCGACGAGAAGAUAGAAAUCGUCAAGAGGAAACUCGGCUACGAUGUGGAAAAAUCACGCGUUAAAGUCAACAAAUUAUUGAGUUACAUAACGGACCCGUGCGACAUGCACCCGAACGUCAUACAUGGCAUCGGCAAACCCGGAUGCGCGAUAAUGACCGUUCGUCAAAGGAUAAUGCCGCCCAUUUUUUAUGAGAUGCUCCGGAUUAUCGACGAAAAACUGAAACAAGAAGAGAGUAAAGGCAGAUCCCCUGAAAGGGUUCAGAUUGUUCAAAAACCGUUUUCGGCAAAAAUUGAAAAAACCGAAUCGCCACUUGAAUUUUUCCUGUUAAGUCUUCCGGCCGCGGUAGUACAAGAUCGGUUAGGGCCUCAACUAACCCGUAUAUUGAAGAAAUACAGAGCUCGGAAGGAAAAAUGGGAACGAAGGGCUAAAGAGUGGGACGAAUUUUUGGCCAAAAAACCGGUACCUGGAAAAAACCACCCCGACGAUGAAAAAUUUUUGGAAGAAGCGAAACAUUCCUUUGGAGAUUACAAGCUAAAAGAAAAUUUUGAUUACAAAGUAUCAACCCAAGAAACGACCAUAAAACACUACAAAAAAUUGCUGGAAACAAGAGGAAAGCAAUAUGCCUUACGCCACAAUUUCAUCCGCAAAGUGUACGAUAUAAGGGACGAAAAAUACAAAUUGAUUGAACUGCUAAAAAAGAAACAAAAAAGACUUGACGAGAUUAAUGAAGAAUUACCAGAAUAUAUGAGGAAAAAUGGACCUGACAUUCCGCCCUACGACGCAGCCGAAUUUCCAGAAGAAAAAUUGAAAAUCAAAGUCGUGCUUCCCGAAGGAGAAACAGAAUCAGAUGAUGUUGAUCAACCCAAGGAAAGAAAAAUAAUUGCGAAACCUGUAGGAGAUAUUUUGGAAAAGCAACUGCUGGCAAGCAAAACGUAUCCCAAAUUCGAUAACGGAUUUUUCAUCAGCGCCAUUCCAAACGAAGAAGUAUUCGCGGUUCAGAAUAUGUCGUGCGCUGAGCUGCUGCAAUUUUCUGAACACUCCGAUACCCCGUUUGAGUCGUGCCUCAGGGCCAACAGAUUGAACAGGUUACUGUUCUAUCAGAAACUCGCAAUAGCCGAAAUGGAAGAGAUGAUUGAGGAUUUUAAUAACUGGAUAUUUGAAGCAAGGAAGGAACGGUUACCGAUAUUAAUUGGCGGCAACUUUAUCGACAUAUUUAUCGUGUGUCUGAACGAGGAGUUGCAGAUAUUGAAAAGUUGCGAGGAACAGGAAGAGAAACUUUUGCAGGAAGUGAACAGUAAGCUAUCGGGAGUCCACGCGAUGGAGGAUAUAAUAGAAGGUUUAAAAUACGACAAAACAGCCCACGAAACGAAACUGGAAAACUAUCGAAUAGAAGAAGAAAAAAUACAGGAAAAAUUCAAAAACGCCACCGAAAAUAACAAGUUUUUUGAUUUCUUGAGAAAAGUGUUUAGGAAAAAGUUUCGGCUCCCGAGGAUAAAAAGCGAAAACGAUGAUACUUCAGAAUCGUCAACGUCCAGUACAGAUGACACCGAGUACGAUGGCGACACUGCUAGUGUCGACUCGAGGGAUUUUGGAUUUAUUAAACAAGACUUGAACGUAUGCCCCAAAGGAUGUGAACCGGCGUUGUUCAAUUUAACGGUUGAAUUGCGUACCAAAAAACAUAAGCUUGAACAAAACGAAAAAAAUGAAAUCAGACUUCUAGAAUCAACCACCAAGGAAAUUGAGAUAAACAAAAAAAAACUAAUUACCCUACAAAAUGAUUAUAAACUAAACGAGGAGAAAUUAGAGGAGUUCAGGAGGGAAAAACAAAAGAAAUUGAACGAUGUGAGAUGUACAGUGGUGUUACAUUUGGACCAGAUUUACGAGUUUAAUCCAGAGUCCAGCGAUAUUUCCGACUUCAUAGUGUUUUCACGAUCGCAAUUGACCGACCUCUAUAGACAAGUGGACGUUUUGAAAAACGAAACCUUGAAACAACAAAUUAGCCACGAUACUUAUCUUGCACAUCUGAUGAGGCUGGGCAGAGACACAACUUACAUGAAACGCAAGUUACGCUCGCUCAAGCUGGACAUAAUCCAAUUACUGAAAACGAAGUUUGGUAAAAUUGUAGACAUUGACGAAUUGGAACUUGCCAUGUUACAAAGAUCGUUCCAAAAGCAAUACGUAAACGAAUUGGAAGAGGUCGUAUUAAAAAAGCUAGUUUACAAUUUAAGGAUCAAAAUGACCGAUAUUAAAGCAAUGUACCUUUCCGUUCUAGACGAUUGGGACAGGAAAAUCGCAAAAGCUCAAGAAGAGCUGGCAGACGAAAUCAAGCAAAACACGAAACGCGUCGAGCUCAUCGCCGUCAUCAAUAGGGAAAAGGAGGAGCUAGCCAAAUUCGUGAGAUCUCAGCAGACAAAGAGGGAAAAGAUCGAGAGUACUGAAGCAGUGCACAAAGAAUUUUUAAAAGAUUUGUUAAAACUGGAAAGCAUAGUUGAGGAACAAAACCGAACUCUGCAUGAACUGAGGGAAGAAACGAAGAUGUUGAAAGUUAAAGGAUUGCCUCCAAAGAGUACAAGAAAGAAGGUUGUGUAUUUAGAAGAUAAAGAAAAACAUGAAGUAGAAGAGAGUAAAGAACAGGAGAGGCCACCAGACUGGGAAUAUUUCGAUGAGUUUAUUAAUGAGGAAAUCUACGACGAAGGUGCCAAAAGUAUGGAGAAAGUAUCGUUCAAACGGGAGAUCACUAUACCAGGAUUUUAUUCCUUGGAGGAAGCUGAUAUAAUUGAAGACUUAGUGGAAUGCCUAACGAAAGAUGUAGAUCAGACCCUAAUCCAAAAAAGUAAAGAGACGAUCACCCGCAAAAUUUUAAGCAGUGUUGCCGACUGCACGAGUGUGACCGAGAUAGUUAAUGAAAUUAUGAAUAGCUUACCUCUCGAAUUUACUGAGGAACAACAGAAACUGAUUAAAAAGUCUGCCGAUCAAUUACUUAGCAUACAGGAUGCCCCACAGAUAAAUGAUGAACAUAUUUCAAGCUGCAUGAAAGAUAUUUUAGACGAUAUCGUUGCUGACGUUUUCUGCAGUGGUCCUGCGAGUUUUAUGACUGCAUUAAUUGAACAGUUACUGGAAAAUUUACCACUUGAGUAUCUAAAAAGCAACGAGACAAUUGAUAAAAUUGUAAUAAAAGUAAAGCAGUUAGCUGAGGAUAUACCCCUGGACAAAGAAGAAAUUAGAAAAUCUAUUGAUAAACUGCCAAUCCCUGAAAAAUCUGAAGUGAUGGAUAUUGUUAAUGCUAUUUUGGAAAGGGUUUAUGGCGAGGGUAUUGACUAUUUUCUUGUUAAUCCAUAA